AUUUUUCACUUGUUAAACUCGUUUUCUUACAAAUGAUCCCAAGAAGAUUCUACACAUAAUCAACAUACGACCUACCGAAUUAUCAUAGACAAGCAUCACAUUUUAUCAGAACAAGACUGAAUAAGAGAUAUAGAAAGAAAAAAAAAAGACGCUAUCACGAAAAAGUCAAUCAUUUCUUUUAGUUUUGUGAUAAAACUUUUUCAUAUUCAAGCGGAUGAAUGUUUUACGGUGAUUCCCUUUUCCAUUACCGGUAAUAAAUUUACAGGUGGUGCUACGGAAUAUUAGAGAACCAAUCUCAAAGAAGUGAUCUAAAUAGUGCACGUGAUAUAUAUAGUAUACGUGAGGUACUUUUCCUCAAAUUGUAUUGGAAUAUAUUGGUGAAAGAACGAAGCAUUUUAAAUAAGAUGAAUAGUGAUUCGUAAUUUGAAGCAGUUCGAAUCUGUGGAGCAAUGUCACGCCAUUCUUGUACUAAACUCACUCGAAUAUUCAUAAUUUUCGGUAUUGUAUACGGAUUGGCUAUAUUUCUGCCCUUUAUCAUAUCUCUCAGCAAUGGCAGAGUUACUCCGUAUGUGCCGUAUAUCAGUGAAGGCGGGGGUCAGUUUCCUGAAGCUGGGAUAUUUUGCACUCUCAUGGUCAUCACUGCUUUUACGAGUCAAGUGAUUAUAUUUCUGAGAUAUCUUGUGGUUGAAGGUCUCAGUUCCCAAGUUUCGAGAAGACCUGAAAUGUACAAUUUCCUAAAUGCUGUUGCACUAGUUCUGGGAUCCAUGGCAUCAUUUUUUAUGAUUGUAAUGGCUUCAUAUCCUACAACAGCCUUAGCCCAAGUACAUAACUCUGCUGCUGGCAUGGUGAGCAUUUGCUUUAUGCUUUACAUGAUUUGCCAUACAUGGAUUAGUACUUUGUUAUCGGAUAUCCCAUCCAUUCCGAAAUGGAGGCUUUUCAUCGUCAUUUCCAGUUCCAUUGCACUUGUAAUGAUUGCUGCGUUUGGUAUAGUUGGCUCAAUUCACUGGAAAGAUAAUAAAUAUGUCGGAAUUAAAGAACCAGAAGACCAGGGUUUUGCUUUUUAUGUCGUGAGCGCAAGUGCAGAGUGGAUCUGGGUAACGCUCAUAUUCCUGUAUUUCAUUACUUUCAUCCACGAAUUCAAGAAAUCGACUUUUCAUUUUUAUCUUGAAAUAUCAUCGAAAUCCCAGAGCAGAAUUCCUCGAAUUACCAUCACUUCAGCAUAAACUAUACAUUGGAAAUUCAUUUUCACAGAUUAAAUCGCUUAACAUUUUUUG